AUGAGUCAAGCAACAGAGGAUGUUCAGGAACAAGAACAUGAUGACAAUGAGGCGAAGGUGAGUGAAAGAGGUACUUUACAGGAGUUGUUGAUGUCUGGAUAUACACAUGCUGAUGCAAUGGCUACUAUGAAAGAGAUUGAAGAAAAAGAGGCUAAGGAAGGAGGUGAAGAUAGAGAGGUUGAAGAAGAAGAAGUUGAAGGUAUACAGGUUGAGCAAGAAGAAGUUGAAGGCAUACUGGUUGAGGAAGAAGGAUUUGAAGAGACAGAGGUUGGAACAACAGUCCUACCCUCUAGAAGAAGUUAUGGUGCUUACAAUUUCCAUUGGGAGAAAAAGAGGAAACCCUCUGAAAGAAUUAGGAAGUUGAAGCUCAGGAAAAUGGUUAAAGAUGUUGAUGGUGGUGGUUCCUCCAAAACCCAUUGGGUUUUAGAGUAA